AAAAAAUUAUAUUAUGGCAGACGUUCAAACAUAAAGAGCUUUCUAAAAAUAAGAGGGAAUUUUCUAAAACUCAAAGAAAUUGUUAGCUAAGAAAACAUCAAAAGGAGUUAGAUAUUGGAAAGAAGUCGGUCUUGGUUUCAAAGUACCAAAGGAAGCAAUAGAGGGUCACUAUAUUGAUAAGAAAUGUCCUUUUACAGGAAAUGUUAGUGUGAGAGGAGCAAUAUUAAAGUAAAUAAAAGUUAAUAGAGAAUAGAGGCAUAGUAAUUUCAACAAAGAUGACCAGAACAAUAAUCAUUAGAAGAGAUUAUUUACACUAUGUUGCCAAAUAUAAUAGAUAUGAAAAGAGACAUAGAAAUGUUCCAGUUCACAUUUCACCAGCUUUUGGACCAGUUAAGGAAGGAGAUAUUGUUGUUUGUGGAUAAUGCAGGUAGAAUUUAAAUAAUAAAUAAUAAGACCAUUAUCAAAGACAGUUAGAUUCAAUGUUUUGAAAGUUAUUCCAAAUGAAAUCAUUGGUAAUGUUAGAAAACAAUUUGUUUUAUUCUGAUUCAAAUUACAUUUGCAUACAUAUAGUACAAUAUAUAUAUAUAUAAAUAAUUUAAAUAUCAAGAUGUAGUAAUAAAUCAUUU